CAAACGUGAACGUUACAUAGUAAAAUUAGGUAAAAUGGACGGCGGCGACGAUGUCAUGGAGUUCUUCGACUUUUCCCGACCGUUCGAAAGAAAGGUAAUCUCUGGAGGGUAUUGCAAUGGUACGGUAGCCACAGCAGAACUGAACACACAGCAACUUCCAAAAAGGGUCCACGAGGGCACUGAAUACAGUGCGAGCUACGCAAAGAAGGAAGAGGAGCGUCUCAUAAAGGCAUUCAGCGAGGAUGUCUACGAUAAAGCGGAAACCUCGCGACUGGACGAAGUUGAUGAUAUGUCCUCGGUGGCAGCAGAUGAUGCUGAGCAUUUGCGCCAAAUACGGGGAAAGCAGCUGAUGGAACCACUGUUCUCCAAGUACAAUUUCAUCGUUGACUCAAAGCAACUGCUCAUCAACGAGUCGAAGUCGAAAAUAUUGGAAGAGAUUCGCACAAAUCCGGUCGUCAUCCUGGAAGGGCGAACGGGUUGCGGUAAAACGACUCAAGUGCCCCAGUACUUGCUAGAGGAUGCGUUUAUGCGAAAAGAGUACUGUAACAUCGUCGUCACGCAACCACGCAAAAUCGCUGCCAUUUCGAUCGCGAAGCGGGUUUCCGAGGAACGGUCGAGCGAGUUGGGCUCGCUGGUUGGGUUCAAGGUGGGUCUAAAAGAAAAGCUCAGCCCCGACACGCGGCUGACGUACGUGACAACGGGCGUGCUCCUGCAAUGGCUGAUCAAGGAUCAAUCGAUGAAACGCUUCACGCACGUCAUUCUAGACGAAGUGCACGAGCGUGAGGUGGACAUGGACUUUCUGCUCAUCAUCGUGCGCCGGUUGCUGGCGACCAAUUCGUCCAACACAAAGGUCAUCCUAAUGUCGGCCACCAUCGAUGGGUCGGAAUUUUCACAGUAUUUCAAGAUUCCUCGCCCGGGAAGCCUGCUCGCACCGAUGCUGUCCGUUGCCAGCAGCUCCAAGUUCGAUGUGCGUUUGCACUAUCUGGAUCAGAUCGAUCAGUUGCAGAUCAACUUCAAGCUGAACUACGACAAACCGGAGAUCUGCCGUGACAUGUACACCGUCGCCGGGCGGCUGGCCAUCUGCUUGGAUCGCGUAACGGACAAGUAUGAGACGGCCGCUUCAACGAACCUCGACUAUAAGCCAUCGAUAAUAGUGUUCCUGCCUGGUAUAAACGAGAUCGAUCGGAUGGCGGAGGAAUUGCAAAAUCUGAUCAGCAUGCAGGGCACGAUGGAGGAAAAGACGGAGUUCACCAUUCUGAAGCUGCACUCCAUGUUGACCUCGGAGGAACAGGCUAGGGUGUUUAUGAGACCGGCGCCCGGUUUGCGGAAGGUUAUCCUGUCGACCAACAUAGCCGAAAGUUCCGUUACCAUUCCGGACGUUAAAUAUGUGAUUGACUUUUGUCUCCAGCGAAUUCUCGUCACCGAUGCGGCCAAUAACUUUACCGCGCUCCGGCUGCAGUGGGCCUCAAAGAACAACUGCAUCCAGCGGGCCGGUCGUGUCGGACGUGUCAUGAACGGGCGCGUCUAUCGUCUGGUUCAUCAGAACUUCUACGAACAAGGCAUGAGCCAAUCGACCUUACCGGAGAUGAUCCGCUGCCCCCUCGGGAGCGUGGUAUUAAAAUCGAAGCUGCUCGGUUUCGGCUCACCGAAGGAGAUUCUUGCCAUGGCCCUGUCGCCACCGAACUUGACCGACAUAACGAACACCGUGUUGCAGCUGAAGGAGAUGGGUGCCCUGCUGCGUACCGUGAACGGCGUGUAUGAUCCGUUUGACGGUGAUUUAACCUACAUGGGCAAGCUGAUGAGCCAUCUGCCGAUCGAUCUGUCGCUGGCAAAGUUGAUCGUGCUCGGGUACGUCUUUUCGGUGCUGCAGGAAUCGAUUAUCAUCGCGGCGGGCAUGAACGUGAAGAACAUUUUCUAUCAACUGCGCACGGUUGGGUCGUACGCGCGGAAGUUACGUUGGAGCGACGGGUCCUGCUCGGACGGCAUCGCCAUACUGAUAGCGUAUACCAUGUGGCGCACGACGAUGGAGCAGGGUACGGGAGGGAAUGCGGUAGCGUGGUGCCAUCGGGCGCAGCUGGACCGCAAGUCGCUGGCGGAGAUGGCGGAGCUGGUGCACGAGUUAAAGCUGCGUUUGGAGUAUGCAAACGUGCGCGAGGUGGCCGGAGCGAAGCGCGUCAUCUGGUCGGAACGGGAGAAGACGGUCGUGUUGAAGGUGGUGAUGGCGGGCGCAUUUUACCCGAACUACUUCACCACGACGACGAUGGUCGAGCCGGACAAGGGUGAACGGCGCGUGUACAUGGAGGUGGGCGGGCGGGAUCCGUUCCGCACGGUCUUCCUCACCGGCUUCGACAACCGCAAGUACAUUGGUCCGCUGUAUCGAGACCAAAUCAAGCACUACAUCUCCGACGGCGACACGUCCAAGCAUGGGUCUAUCAAGGUUGACUUUGAGGACAACACCAACCGCGUGUACAUUCGUUUCACGGACCAACGCCGAGCGAACGAUUCGGCAAGUCGCAUCCACGAAGGCGUGUACAUUGCCGUCAAGCAGCACCAGCUCAAGCGUGCCUUCGAACUACGCGUCAUGCACCAGAAGGAGGCGAUCGAGUUUGCGACGCGCCACAACCUGGGCACAUGGGAGGACAACCAGUGGAAUCCGCGUCGCAUCGAAAUUCCCAACGCGCGGCUCACGGUAGUGCCACCGAUCCACUGCCCCCGAGUGCGCGCCAUCAUCGCGCACGUGGAACACCCGGGGCGUUUCUUUGUGCGGCCACUCGACGAGGCUAACGCGAGGAUUUUUCAGAAUAUUGAAGAAAAACUGAACGGCGGUGUCCAGCUGCUGCCUUUUGAUUCGACCGCCGUGUUUCAAGCGCGACAGAUUGUGGCCGCCCCGUUAGCGCCCGGUAGCCAACGAUAUGGGCGUGUGCAGCUUCUUACCAAGCAGUACGUUGCGGGUUCGGCCGGCUGGGAGGUUGACUUUAUCGAUUACGGCCUUAGCGCCGUCCUGCCGAUCCGCGUCUUCCGUCAGCUGUCCGGCCCAGUGCUCGGCACACUGGCCACGCUUCCGGGGCGCGUUUUUCAGGCAGCGCUAGCCGAGGUACAGUCGGCUGCCUUCAACUCACCGCGCGGCUUCUGGUCGGUGGAAAGCACCCAGAAAUUCCAGCAGCUGGUAGGCAACAGAUCGACGCUGCUGGUAGAGAUUUACUCCGUCGUCAACCAGGUCGCAUCGGUCGUGCUGCGCCGCACCGAGGAUCCUGAUGGGCUGAGCAUCAAUCAGAUGCUGGUCGCCUCCCGGGACGCGCAACCCUCGGAGGAGACGUAUCUCUCGAAGCUAAACCACCAGAAGCGCGUUCGCAUCCAGCGGGAAAUUUCGUUCAAUCCGCACUUUCGGAAGAGCAUCGAGAACGACGAUUCCGAGCUGCUGCGCUUUAUCGACGACGAUGAGCAGAAUUUCGAGCUACCACCGGAACUGCUGCGCCUUCGGUUGUCCCUCCACGGCCCACACAGCCCACUAGUGAUGGGCUGCACGUCGGCGCUCUUUUCCGGCUACGACAAAGUGGUAACCAUCGAGUCCGAAUCCAUAAACUCGGUACUGCUCGAUCCGAGCCCGCAGGACACUCACAGCAAGAUGCUGAUUGCCGCUUGUGUCAACGAGAGCGGUGGACGACGGUUGAUCACUCGCAAUACCACCGUGAUGCCGAACAUUCCCGGCAUUUCACUGCUGAUGACGCUGAUCUUUGCUCCCACCUGUCUGCUCAAGAAGAACAAGAAGGACACCCGUGUCACCGGAGUGCUGGCAGGGCUCGGCCUUCACCCGGAGCAAGGCGUGUCGAUUUAUCCCGAGCACGAUCUCUCGCUGGCGGCGGAAGUUGACAUUACCACAGAGGAUAUUGCCGACAUUAAUUCCCUCCGGUACUCCAUGGACUCGAUCCUUCAAAGCGGACGCAAUGAAGACACCCAGCUGCUGAGCGAAUUCAGCGUGGAAGCGCUCAUGGUGAAAGUGAAAGAGUACCUCAUCAAAAUCCUCGAACGGGAACGCAACAUCAUCACCGGCCAUGAAAGCAUGGCGCACGACUUCCAUUGGACCGAGCCGACGGGCGGAGGCCCCGGACCGAGCGCAAAGAAAGUGAAGAACGACAUUUACAGCAAGGCGAUCUUUCCCCUGCAUGACACGCUGGUACUUUCCGGUCGAGACGAGUACCAGCGGCUGCACUGUUCGGAGCUGCACAGGUUGGCCGCCUCUGAGACACCGUUCCCGGAGGGUGGAAUUCGCUGUCAGCUGUGCAUGCUGACGCUCGGAAAAAACCAAAUGUUGCGGCUGCAUCUGCUCACUCAAGUGCACCUCGAGAAGGAGAAGAAGAUCAUGUACCGUUGAAUUUUGAUUACUUUCUUUUUUGUUUCCUUUGACUACCUAGUGAAGGUAUUUUUUCAUUCCACUCUCAAUUGACUUCUAAGUUUCAUCAUAUUUUCAUAUCUUUCUUCAUUGCCUACUGAAAGUGCUCCUUAGAAUAACGCAACUGACAUGAAAUGAAUUUAAUUUACUCUAACGAACAUCAAACAAUUGGCUUCAACCAUGAAGCUAUGAAUUUAUUUUUAUGGAUAACAUUUAUAUUACUCAAAUAAGUUGCAAAUGAGAUCACUUUAAAAGUUUGCCCAUUUUACAAAACUCUUUGAUAUUAUGACCUGACCGAUAGGCCGAUUUUUUCAUUUCUAUAACCGCUUUAUUCAGUAUGCAGACCUUCUGUUAAACGUGAACAACGUUUAGUACAAUUCUAUGCUCCUAUAAGCAAAUAGGAUGAAACGAUGUGAUUGGAAUUUCGAAUAAGCAAAACUGUGAAUUGUUGUGGCGCUUGAUAGACAAUUUUUUUCCCCCAAAUACUGUUAUUGUUAUAUUGAUUACUUAAGCGAUUCCAAAAUGAAUUAAAUUCACCAAGAAGCGCCGGUAUCAAACCAAGUGAAAUCAAAUGUGUUGAGUGAAGUAAAGAUUUUUUUUUGUUAAA